AUGUCGAAGCCCAUCAAAUUCCCAUUUGCAGCAGCAACUGAACGAAUUCUCUCUCUCACAAAUCACUUUCAAGAUUCUUUAAAUCCAGCAGACGAUUUAGAAAAAGCGGAAAAGAUGGCAUCAUACAAAUUCGCAGGAUGGAUGGGCUUAGAUAAGGAGAGUGAGAAAGGAAAGAUGGUUUGGCAGGAAUAUGAGCCAAAGACUUGGACUGAGGAUGAUGUCGAUAUUAAGAUCACUCAUUGUGGUAUCUGUGGCUCCGAUCUUCACACUUUAAGAUCAGGCUGGGGUCCUACUCUCUACCCAUGCUGCGUUGGUCAUGAGAUUGCUGGCACAGCCGUCCGAGUCGGAAAGAAUGUAAAGCACUUCAAGGUCGGCGACCGCGUUGGUGUCGGCGCUCAAUCAGGCUCUUGCCUCGACUGCGAGGAGUGCCUCGAAGGAAAUGAGCACUACUGUACAAAGGGAAAUAUCGGUACCUACAACGGCAAAUACCCAGAUGGAAGCAAAUCCUACGGAGGAUACGCCGAUUACUGCCGUGCCCCAGCACACUUCGCUGUUAAGAUCCCAGACAGCAUCAGCAACGCUGAAGCAGCACCCAUGUUGUGCGGAGGCGUUACUGUCUGGAGUCCUCUGACCAAGAAUGGCGAUAUUAAGGGCAAGAAAGUAGGUAUCGUUGGUGUUGGUGGAUUGGGACAUUUCGGUCUCCUGUGGGCGAAGGCUCUUGGUGCUUCCGAAGUUGUUGCUAUUUCACGAACCGACAGCAAGAAGGAGGAUGCGUUGAAGAUGGGUGCUACCAAGUUCAUCGCGACCGAAUCAGAGGGCUGGGCUAAGAAGAACUAUCGGUCUCUAGAUCUGAUCGUUUCUACUGUCUCGAGCCCAAAUAUGCCGCUUGAGAAGUACUUCAUGCUGCUCAGAACCAACGGACAAUUCAUCCAAGUCGGUGCGCCAGAGGAUAAGAUCCCUGCUUUCUCGGCGUUCGCUUUAAUCGCGAAGGGAUGCAAGAUGGGUGGCAGCAUGAUUGGAAGUCCAAAGGAUAUUAGCGAAAUGUUGGAGUUUGCGGCCAAGAAUGCUAUUCAUCCUUGGAUCCAGGAGAGGCCGAUGAAGGAUGCAAACCAGUCGAUUGUGGAUAUGGAUGCUGGGAAGGCGAGGUACAGAUAUGUUUUGGUUAAUAAGAAGCAUGUCGCGGAAUUGAAGGCAUGA